GAAAUUGAAGCCGGGAAAUGUGCCUUUUUUUUCCAACUCUCCCAAAAGAAUCUAUACACUCAUUUUCAUUUUUUCGAUUCAAAUAAUAUAAUUCAGAAAAAAAAAAAAAAAGCUGUCCGAACAAACAACCUCAACAACAUUAACAAAUUACACAAGCACAAGCAUUUGAUUUGAUCAUAAUUCUUUCCUUAAUUCCUAGGAUCAACCUCAAUUCUCAACCAUCACAUCCCUUUCUCUCCCUCCCUGAUCAUCAAUGAGAUUCUGUUCUUUAAUCCCUUCUUGAAUUACUUUUUUCCAAGGGGGGGAAAAAAAAAAGGACAAAAGAAAAAAAAAACGUGACACCAAGGCAAAUGCCCCUAUAAUGGUGAGCGUUGGCGAACGCAAUGUUCUAAGAAGGGAAGAGAUCAUUAGAGAGGGAGAGAACAAUGUAAAUGAUAACUCCAUUGUUGGUGUUUUAAACCAGUUAAUGAUCAAUAAUAAGCGCCCCGGUGAUCACGAUCAGGAUCAGGAUCAGGAUCAGGAACAGGAUCAGAAUCAGGAUCGAAUGGACGUGGUGGAAGAGCUCAUCAACAUUGUUGAGCAGGUGAAAUGUAUUGGAGAAUAUAGGAGGACACAAAGGAAAGAAUGUCAAAGCCUACUCAGGAGAUUAAAGUUGUUGUCACCUUUCUUGGAGGAGGUUAAGGACAUGGUGGAGGAGAAAAAGAAGAUACCCGAAAGCGCCAUGGAAUGCCUUACUAGAUUGAAGAAAGCCUUCCUUUCUUCCAAGAAAUUGUUGAAUACUUGCCAUUGUGGAAGCAAAAUUUACCUGGCGAUAGAGGCCGAAGCCAUGAUGGGGAGAUUUCAUUAUGUGUAUGGGAAAAUCAGCCGGGCUUUGGAUGGAAUGCCUUAUGAUGAGCUUGGAAUUUCUGAAGAGGAGAAAGAACAGGUUGAGCUGAUGCGGACUCAAAUCAGAAGGGCGAAAAAGCGCACAGAUACACAAGAUAUGGAAUUUACAAUGGACUUAAUGGUGAUAUUGUCAACUGAAAAUGACAGAAAUGCAGAGAAAGCAAGCAUUGAAAGGCUAGCUAAUAAGCUGGCUUUGCAUACAGCUGAGGAUUUAAGAGCUGAAACUUUAGCAGUAAGAAAGCUUGUGAAUGAAAGAAAAGGUCACAAUGCAGAAAGUACACAGCAGAUUAUAGAUCUUCUCAACAAGUUCAAGAAGUUUGCCGGUGUUCCAGAAACCGGCAUCCUGGAUGAUCCGGUUCUCCUGAUACCGAAAACUCUUGAGAAAUCCGCUUCUAUUGCGAUCCCACACGAGUUCCUGUGCCCGAUUACAUUGGAGAUUAUGACAGAUCCUGUGAUUGUAUCAACUGGACAGACAUAUGAAAGAGAGAGCAUACAACAAUGGCUGGAUUCAAGCCAUCGAACAUGUCCCAAAACGGGUCAACUUUUGACUCAUACAACAUUAGUUCCAAACUUUGCUCUCAAGAACUUAAUCCAUCAAUGGUGCACCAAGAACAAUUUCCAUCUCCCCGCAAAAGAAACUGCGCCAGAAAGCCCUAGCAAGAAUCCUAAUUCGGCUUUUACUGGCAAUGAAGAGGAAAGGCAAAUAUUAACACUAGUGCAAAAUCUAUCUUCCAGCCAGCUAGAUGUUCAAAGGAAGGCGGUUGCAAAAAUACGAAUGCUCUCCAAAGAAAGCCCUGAGAACCGAAUCCUGAUUGCGACCAGUGGAGGCGUUCGACCCCUUGUCGAGCUGCUAACCUAUCCUGAUUCAAAGAUUAGAGAGCAUGCUGUGACAGCAAUAUUGAACUUGUCCAUUGAUGAAUCAAACAAGAAGCUGAUAUCCAAAGAAGAACCAAUCCCGGCUAUCAUCGACAUUUUAGAAAACGGAACUGUUGGUGCAAAAGAGAACUCAGCAGCAACAUUGUUUAGCUUAUCAAUGCUGGAUGAGAACAAAGUGAAGAUAGGGGAGUUGAAUGGCAUCCCACCAUUGAUACUACUACUGAAAAGCGGGACGAUUCGCGGGAAAAAAGAUGCAGUCACUGCGUUGUUCAAUCUCUGCCUGAACCACACAAACAAGUCAAUGGCAAUUGAAGCUGGGAUCAUCCCACCAUUGAUCAACCUACUUGAGGACAAGAAUUUGGACAUGGUUGAUGAAAUAUUGUCCAUAAUUUUGCUUCUUGCAUUGAGCCAGGAUGGGAGGCAACAACUUGGGCAGCUUUCAUUCAUUGAAACACUCGUGAAUCUGAUCAAAGAUGGGACUCCAAAGAACAAAGAAUGUGCAACUGCUGUCCUGCUGGAGCUUUGUUCCAAGAAUUCAAACCUCAUUUUGGCGGCACUUCAGUAUGGGGUGUAUCAACCUUUGGCGGACAUAAGUGAUAAUGGAACCAAUAGAGGGAGAAGGAAAGCCAAUUCACUAAUGCAGUUGAUGAGAGAGAGUGAACAUCUUUGAAAAAACGAGAAGAAAUUGUAUUUCAAAAUCCUGUUCUUAAUGAGAUCGAACAAUGGGGCGACUGGUAAUCACAAAGACGAUUCCAAAUUUAUAAUGUCCAAACUCCAAAGUGGCUUUCUUCUUCCCUUCUUUUCUUUAGUAUGUCCAAUUGUCAAUGCCGAUGUUAAAAUCUCGAGUCAUAGUUAAAUUGACCGAAUUCCUCUACCAAUUGGAUCAAAUGUUUGUUAUUUUAUUCUUUCUUUUUUUUAGCUCACUUUGGGAGUAGUUUUUCUCUUGAUAGUUUGUGUUCAUAUUUUCAGUUAAAAAAAAUGGCAUUUUUUUAAGUCCAGUUUCACUUUCAUAGAUAUGUAGUUUUGGAAGGUUUUUUAGGUCCAUUUCUCUGUUUAAUUGAUGACUAUUGACUGGAAAUGUAACUAUCUACAUUUCUGUAACCAUUUCAGUAACAUACAUACUUAACCCAUAUUUUCCUUUUCCCAAA